AAGAGAUUUCUAAGAGAGUACAAAUUUUGAUUAAUUUUUUGGUCUUAUCUGUGAGUCUGUGACAGAGUGCUCUCCUCUCCUCUUUUAUUCUCCUCCACCCAGUUUGAUCCGUGAUUCGUUUCCCUCUGCAAGUGAAACUCUUUCUCCCGUCUCCCUUACGCCCUCUUUUCUUCUUCGCACGUUCACGGAAGGAGUUUACUAGCCGACACACCGCGCCGCUCUGAUCUUCCAGUGGACAGUAAGUUCUUCUCUCCUCACUCAUUUUAGCUUUCUCAAUCUUGGGCCGCUGUUUACACUUCUUUGGAGGACGGAUUACAUCCCUUCAUGGCAGAAAAUGAUGCUUCAAACGAACAGAAUUCACUUAUGAAGCCCAAAGGCGUGCAGUUCUGGCUGCUGCUAUCUCUGAAUGUGGUGUUCCUUCUUGUUGGUCAAGCUGCUGCUAUCAUUCUUGGUAGAAUAUACUAUGACAAGGGCGGUAAUAGUACUUGGUUGGCCACCAUUAUUCAGACAGCUGGUUUUCCUAUUCUCUUAAUCCCUUAUUUUCUCAUUCCCUCUCCCAAAGAACACUCGUCUGAUUCAUUAAAUCGCCCUCCACCUCCACCUUCCCCGUACAAAGUUGUUAUAAUCUACCUUUUGCUGGGUAUCCUCAUUGCCGGGGACAACAUGCUAUAUUCCAUUUCACUUUUGUACCUCUCGGCCUCGACUUAUUCCCUCAUUUGUGCGACACAGCUUGUCUUCAAUGCAAUUUUUUCUUUCUUCAUCAAUGGCCAAAAGUUCACAGCGCUCAUCAUAAACUCCGUGACUGUCCUUUCAUUAGCUGCUUCUCUUCUUUCCAUUGACGAGGACUCGGACAAACCUGCAGGCGUCACCAGGUGGAAAUAUUUGUUCGGAAUCAUAGCUGCCAUUAUAGCCUCUGCAUUGUACUCCCUCACGCUCUCCUUGAUGCAGCUCUCGUUUCAGAGAGUGAUAAAGAAAGAAACAUUCUCUGUGGUUCUUGAGAUGCAAAUAUACACAUCACUUGUGGCCACACUUUUCUCGGUCGUCGGUCUGUUUGUGAGUGGACAGUGGAGGACUUUGUCCGGAGAAAUGCACAGUUUCACUUCAGGAAAAGCCGCGUAUGUUCAGGUUUUGGUAUGGACAGGUGUAGGGUGGCAGGUUUGCGCGGUGGGAGUUGUGGGUCUGAUUUUUGUGGUCUCCUCACUCUUCUCCAACGUUAUAAGCACUCUCUCUUUGGCAGUUACUCCAAUUGCUUCGGUCGUCAUCUUGCACGACAAGAUGAAGGGUAUCAAGAUCAUUGCCUUGUUGUUGUCAAUAUUGGGAUUCUCAGAUUACCUGUAUCAGAAUCACCUGGAUGAUCUCAGAGCAAAGAAAUCACCACAUAUUGGCUGUUCCGGUAAUAAUAAUAAUCAUCCUAAUGAUUCUUGCUGUUAAUAAUCUCUGGAGAUAAUUUAAAAUAAGGGAUCUUCAAGGACAAUGCCAUAAACAAGAAGCUAGCAAGUGUGUCUUAUUCAUACUUAGAUUUGGGAUUUAUUAAAGUAGAAUGAGGAUAGUGAAAUUAUUCCCAUCAAUUUUAUUCUUUUGUUUGACUCUAGAAGUGUAUUUACAAUCCAAUUUUUGAAGAAUAAUUUAGCUUAUGAGGU